AAUGGGUGCUAUAGAAAUAAGCAAAAAUUGGACUGAUUUUGGGUUUAUCCUCGCUUUACCAACAUUUUGUCACUUUUUUGCCAUAUUCCCUGUAUAGAAUUCUGUUAACACUUAUGGGAAAGGUAAGUAGCAGCUAGCUAGGUGGAUGUUGAUUGAUGGGGUCAGCCCCACCUGCAUGAAAAUAUUAUUUACUGUCAGUCUCUGCAUGGCCAAAACUCAGGACAGAGAUUUGAAGCCAAUCCUGCAAACCAUCACUCACACAAGACGUCCCACUUGCUUCAAUUAAACUAGUAUGGAUAAGGAUUGCUCUUGUGAGUAAAGGGCCAUGGGAUCUUGGAUUUCUAAUUGCAAGCAGCAUUAAGACCUACUGCUGUUCCAUUUGGAAAGUUGAUGGCAAAACUCCCAUAGACUUAAAUAAGAGCGAUAUCAGGGACAGCAAGGUUCAUGUCCAGCUAAUCCUGUCUAUCAGGAGUUUAUUUUUAGUGCAGAAUUAGCUGAGGUCAGAGUCGACACUGUCGGGUUUAGGAAGCUGUUCAGUGUCUCUCUCAAGGACUGACUUUGAAUGAUAUGGGGAAGAAACAAGUGUGCCCACCCCGUGCCCUUCCCCCAGUUCCAAGUGGAAGCCAAGAUGAAAUUCCACUUAGUCGUCCAAAAAGAAAGAAGCCCAAAGGAAAAAAUGCACUGGAGGGUAUUGUUCACGCAGCUGUCCGUCGGCCAUCUGAGAGUAGCGAGCCUCUAACUCCUGAGGUUCAGGAUGCUCCACCUCAGAGGAAACGCAAGAAGAAGAGAAUGCCUCCUGAAUCUGAGACCUCUUUCACCCAGCAGAAUGUGCCCAACACAUCCUUUUUUCAGACUGGAAAUGGCAUGGAUCCCCAGCCCUCUGAAGAAACAGUGAUUCGUAAACAUCGAAAAAAAACUAAGAAGACUCGGCCAGCAGAAAUGCAAUGUUCCAAUGAACUGGGAGUGGAGGAAGAGGACAUUAUUGAAGAUGAACAAACAAAAAGUCCAGAUCAGCAACCUGUGUUUGCUGUUCCCACUGGUGCUAGCCAGCCUGUGAGCAAGGUGUUUGUUGAAAAAAAUCGGCGUUUCCAGGCAGCUGACCGCACAGAAUUGGUUAAAACCACAGAAAACAUUGAUGUAUUUAUGGAUGUAAAGGCUUUAUGGACCACUAGGGAUGUGGCACUCUCAGUGCACCGUGGUUUCAGGGUGAUUGGACUCUUUUCUCAUGGCUUCCUUGCUGGCUAUGCUGUGUGGAACAUUAUUGUAAUAUACAUUCUAGCAGGAAACCAGCUAUCCACUCUCUCAAACCUGCUACAGCAGUACAAGGCCUUAGCAUAUCCUGCUCAGAGUUUCCUUUACUUGUUGUUGGCUAUCAGCACAGUUUCAGCCUUUGACAGGAUUGACUUGGCUAAAGCAUCAGUAGCAGUGCGAGGCUUCCUGACCCUGGAUCCAGCAGCCAUAGCCUCUUUCUUAUACUUUGUUGCUCUCAUCUUGUCUCUGAGCCAGCAGAUGACAAGUGACAGAAUCAACCUCUAUACACCACCUUCGGAGAAUGGGAGCAUCUGGACCGCAGGUGCAGAGGAACAGAUUCUUCAUCCAUGGAUUGUGGUGAAUCUGGUGGUAGCUCUUCUGGUUGGGCUAUCCUGGCUCUUCUUAUCUUACCGACCAGAGCUAGAUCACAGUGAAGAACUGAUGUUUCAUGCUGAAGUAGAAGAAUUUCCUCAGCUGGAUAAAGGCCUCAAUGUCCAAUCGUAGUGCAGAAAAUGCAUCUUCAAAUACUGUAGCUGAGACUGAGGACUUAGCACUUAUAUGUAUUGUACCUGUAUAUAAUGCUUUUCUACAAAACAAAAUUUGUAUUUUUGUAUUGUUUUAUAUAAACUUGUUUCUGAUGGAUCUUUUAUUUUAAUUAUGCUAUUUUAAAAAAUUCCAAAGAU